AUGCGUUUCUCCACUCUCGUUUCGGCUGCGGCCUUUUUUGAGCUGAGCAUAGCUGGCUAUGUUCUGGAAGAUGACUACAUGACCGACUUUUAUGGAGCUUUUGACUUCUUCACGGAUGAGGAUCCGACGAGCGGCUUUGUGAAGUACGUCGAUGAAGCGACUGCGCGACAGACAAACCUCAUCAACUCGUCUACAACCUCAACCGUACAAUGGGGCGUUGAUAACGAGAAUGUGACACCAGAUGGACGACCGAGUAUGAGGCUUAACAGCAAGAAGACAUACACCCAUGGACUCGUGGUUAUCGAUGUAGCACACAUGCCCUUUGGCUGCGGAACAUGGCCUGCAUUCUGGAUGGUCGGCCCCGACUGGCCCAACAGUGGCGAAAUCGACAUUCUCGAGGGCGUCAAUGACCAGACAAAUAAUGGCGUGACACUCCACACCGGCCCGGGAUGCAGAGUUAGCGCCAACGAGGCUCUCUUUGCUGGCGAUGUCACCACAUCAAACUGCGAUGUUGAUGCCGACGACCAAGACAAGAACGUCGGCUGCUCCAUCCAAGACCAAUCAUCGUCGAGCUAUGGCGCUGGCCUCAACGCUAUCAACGGCGGUGUCUACGCCACGGAAUGGACGAGCGAUGCCAUCAGCGUCUACUUUUUCCCACGCGGUUCCAUCCCCGAGGAUGUUCUCGGCGACGCCCCAGACCCAAGCGGUUGGGGCAAGCCGACAGCCAUGUUCUCCGCCGGAUGUGACAUCGCAGAGACGUUCAAGGACCAUCAGAUCGUCUUCGACACCACAUUCUGUGGAGAUUGGGCGGGCGUCGAUUGGGACAAAGGGUCGUGUGGCAAGAAGGCGGCGACGUGCGAUGAUUAUGUGAAGAAUAACCCUGAGGCGUUUGUGGAUGCGCACUGGACCGUCAACGCUUUGAAGGUGUACAAGGCUAGUGGGGAUGACAGUACGCCCGAGGUGCCUACGUCCUCGAGUGCGAGCGCUGCUAUCUCGGUAUCGGUCCCCGUUCCUACGAGCGUGUCCGUGUCUGCAGUACCCACGCCGACGAGCAAGAGCACCUUGUCGGGUAAGCCGCAUCAUUCCAAGACGACGGCUGUGGUCCCGGUUCCUAGUUCGAAGACUGUUUCCAAGGUCCCAACUCCGACUUCGAAGACCGCUUCUCAAGCUACAACUUCAUCUUCCAAGGCCAGUUCCGAUAUCCCAGCUCCCACAUCUGAAUCUAUCUCCGCAGUCCCGGUCCCCACCUCCAAAGCUAGUGCUGAAGUUCCCAUUGCAACCUCAGAAGCCAGUUCCGAGCUGCCAGCCUCCACUUCCAAAGCGGUCCCGCUCCCCACAACCACACCAGCCACACCCGUCGCUCCAACAGACUCGGCUGACAACACACACGUCGCCACCGUCCCCGCAGACGGAAUGUCCGGCUUCCAAUGGCCCACAGCCGGCCUAGACUCACCCGCCACACCCACAACCCUCGCUUCUGUCUCCGCCUCCGCCGCACCACCCGCGUCGACCGAGACACCAACUCCCUCCUCAGCAACCCCCUCAUCAGCAGCCCUAUCUUCAACAACCCCCCUCACCACCCCCUCCCCCGCACAAACCACACCCCAGCCCUCCAGCGCGCAGGAAAUAGCCGAAGCCCUCGUCCCCAGCGGCGUCCACAUCGUCUACGAAACAGUCUAUGUCACGGUCCCCGCGGCGGCAGGGGCUACAGGUUCGCCAGCCAGCAAGGCGCGCAUGAGGCGGCAUAUCAAAGAGCAGAGGAGGAGCUUUGCGCGGCACCAUGGGAGGUCGUGA